AGCUUGGAUACAGGUUACAUUUUCUGGAUUGCUGGAAACAGAACAUAAAGACUUGGAGGACAUUUCUCAGAUGAGUCAAGAAACACGUUUUAAAAAAGCCGGAUUACUAAAGAAGAUUAAAAAGCUGGAUUCAGAAGCUGUCCUGGCUAAACAUUCUACAUUAAAUGUACCUGAGAUAUUGUCCAAAAUAAGAACUGGUAGUGAAACUGUGUUACUAUGGGAGACGCAGUUGUGGAUGAUGGGCCAUCUGACAUUAAGGCUCCUGAUGGCGGAUGGAGCUGGGUCGUCCUCGUUGGCUGUUUCGUGAUCACUGGAUUCUCCUAUGCAUUUCCCAAUGCCAUCAGUGUCUUCUACCAUGAACUGAUUGCUGAGUUUGAGAUAGGAUACAGUGACACAGCAUGGAUUUCUUCUAUUCUACUGGCUAUGCUGUAUGGGACAGGCCCUCUGGUUGGCAUCUGUGUGAACUGGUUUGGGUGUCGCCCUGUUAUGAUGCUGGGAGGUCUCUUUGCCUGUACUGGGAUGGUGGCCGCUUCAUUCUGCACCAGCAUUAUCACUAUCUACAUCUGUGCUGGCAUUGUCACAGGUUUAGGCCUGGCAUUGAGUUUUCAGCCUGCCCUGAUGAUGUUAAAUCAAUACUUUAACAAGCGGCGCCCACUGGCUAAUGGAUUGGCUGCAGCAGGAAGCCCAGUGUUCCUAUCGGUCUUAUCACCUCUUGGGCAAACACUCCUGGAUACAUAUGGUUGGCGUGGAGGUUUUCUUAUUAUGGCAGGAUUAAUCUUUAACUGCACUGUAUGUGGGGCUCUGAUGAGGCCACUGGUAGCUCCCAAGAAGGCAAUAGUGGAACAAGCAAAAGCAGACAUCAAUAAGAACAUUGAGAAAAGCCGCAGGAAAAAGUUAAUUGAUGCCAAUGUGUGCAAACAUAAAGGAUUUGUUAUCUACACUUUAGCUGCCACCAUUAUGUCUUUAGGAAUUUUUGUACCACCUGUAUUUGUGGUCAAUGUUGGUAAAGAUAGUGGAGUUCCAGAUACAACAGCAUCUUAUCUCCUCACAAUCAUUGGGUGUAUUGAUAUCGUUGCAAGACCCAUAUUUGGCGUUAUUACUGGCCUCCCACGCAUUCGACCUUACACACCCUACAUAUUUGGCUUUGCCAUGUUAUUUAAUGGCUUUACUGAUCUGAUGGGCUCUAUAUCAAAUUCAUUUGGAGGACUGGUUGUAUUCUGUGUCUUUUUUGGAAUCUCCUAUGGAAUGAUUGGUGCGCUGCAAUUUGAAGUCCUGAUGACUGUUGUCGGCACAAAAAGAUUCUCCAGUGCUCUGGGACUGGUCCUCCUGGCAGAGGCCUGUGCAGUUCUCAUUGGCCCACCUUCAGCAGGACAAAUAUGGGAUGGAACAGGAAAGUACCUAUUCGUGUUCAUUUUUGCUGGUAGUGAAGUUUUGCUCUCAUCUUUGGUUUUUACAACGGGAAAUAUCUUCUGCAUGAGGAAAAAAGGAGAAGAGCCGGACUGUAAAGAAAGAAGUGCAGAGAACGGAGAAUGUAAAAAGACAGAAGAUAAUAUGAGAACUAUCUUAUUAUAUACUGUGCAAAUGAAAAUGUUCACCACUGACUUAAAGGAAACUGAUCAGAAUGAGAAUAUCAAAACAGAGAUUAAGAAAAAAGUGAAACGAAUUUGGUUAAUACCUCAGAGGGCAAAAUAAAGGAAAUCCAAAAGCUUAUCCUUCAGGAAUUGAAUAGAGCAAGAAAUAGGAAAUCUAUUUGAAUCAUGUGUAGGAUUUGAUCUAAAUAUUUUUAUAUCUUUUCCCAAUUGAUCCCUUCCCACUUGAAGUACAAAAAUAGUACUUUAAUCUUCAAUGGUCUACAACACGCAAAUAUCUAGGAGUGUACAUAUCGGAAACGUUGGAUACACAGAUGUAUGCAAUAAAGAAAAUUUGAUUCACUGAACAUUGGAGUCAGGGCCGGAUUUACAUAGUCGGCGCCCCUAGGCCCACUAUCGUUUGCCGCCCCUGUCCCCUUCAGGGGAACAGGAGCAAUAGGGAUUGGCGCACGGGAAAUUUAAAAAAUAAUUGUAUCUCCAGCGCAUCCCCAGUGUUUUUGAACCAAUGUGGGUGUGGUUGGGCAGCAUGCCGCCCCCCUAAAUUCUUGCGGCGUGGUAUAAUCUUCCACUCCUUGGUCUAAUCAAUUUAUUUAAAAAGAUUCUCCUUUCCAAAUGUACAUAUUUUUUUGGUCAGCCUCCUAUUUUACCCAGAAGCUUUUUUCAUAAAGUCAAAUCCCUUUUGACAACAUUAUAGCGGGCUGCUUCACUGCCUAGAACAGUUUUCAGUUCAGUUGUUUUCAGAUUGUUCCCCAGAAAUAAAGACUUUUUUCAAUUA